GGCCCGGAGGUGCGUGGCGCCAGCUGCGCACGGACCAUGACGUGUCCUUCAGUACCCAUUACGGAGCCAUCAGACGGUCGACACUGCCCUCCCGUCGGCCACUCGACCGUCAGCCUCGCCGAGACGCUGACUGAUGUCACUGCUGGUCCACCAGGAGUAGGUGCAAGGCGGACAUUAGGGGUGGCUUGGACGCGUGUCUGCGCAGGCGCAGGACUUGCCCGGGUGCCACGCCCCCUCUAGUUACCAUGGCCUUGGACUUCGACGACGUUUUGGAAUCGGUUGGGUCCUAUGGCUCCUACCAGAGGUGGCUGAUUGGGGCCGUCUUCGUUCCAAUCUCGUUCUUCGCGGCAGUCACGAUGAACCUGAUGCUGUUCCAAGUGGUAGAACCAGAUCACUGGUGUUAUGUUCCGGAGCCAACCAAUACCACUCUCACUAAGGAGGAGUGGAAGGCGCUUACGAUACCCAGAAACCUUGAGUCGAACACUUACCACAAGUGUGCGAUGUACGGGGUGGAGUGGAACGACAACAACCACACCACCUACGCCAUCACUAAUGAGACCCGAGAGUGUAGCAGCGGCUGGGAGCACGACGCGUCGCAGUUCAGCGCCACGGUGGCGACCUCCUUCGGGUGGGUGUGUGAGCGGGCGCGGUACUCCCACCACGUCCUCUCCGUCACCAUGGCCGGCAACACCGUCGGCACCUUCUUCCUCCCACUCAUCGCCGACAAAUACCUGGGGCGGAAGAAAGUGUUCUUCCUGUCUCUGGCCAUCCACGUCGUCUUCACCAUCUCCUACAUCUGGGUCUCCCACAUCGGCCUACACCUCGCACUCCGCUUCUUUCAGGGACUCAGCUUUGAGACUUACUACCUCAUGCCUUACAUUAUCGUCCUAGAGAUGAUACCUCCAGAGAAGAGAGCCGUGGCUACAAUGUAUUCCUUCGUGUCCUGGACCCUCGGCAUGUGCUUCACGGCGCUGGUGGCGUGGCUCCUGCCCCAGUGGCAGUACCUCGCCUUCCUCUCCUGCGUCCCUUCCAUCGUCGGCUUCUUGUAUUGGAGGUACCUGCCGGAGUCGCCUCGGUGGCUUCUGUCCAAGGGCCAGCUGCAGCAGUGUUCUGACAUCCUGCUGGAGGUCGCCCGUGUCAACGGCACUACGAAGGUCUCUGGCCAGCAUCUGGAAUCCGACCUGAGGGACCUAAUGUUGACGCAGCCGCAAGCGGUUCCUCUGACCCACGCCUGCGCCUACCCCAAGCUCCGGCUCCGGGCCGUCCUCCUCUUCAUAAUGGCGUACUGCAUGUUCGUGGUGUACGGAGUGCUUAUGCUCGGGAUCAACGUGAUGCCCAGCAACUAUUUUCUCAGCCACUUCAUACUGUCGGCGUCGGAGCUGCCCAGCAACGUCCUGGGCUGGCUCAUCACACACUACCUGGGCCGACGGUUCAUGUGCUUCAUCACGUACCUCCUCGCCGCGGUCUUCGCCGUCGUCGCCACCUACUGUGUCCACGAUGAGUGGCUGCUGAUGUCGGUAGUGGCGAUGGUGAAGCUGCUGGCCACUCAGGGCCUCUACGUGGUCUUCCUCAUGGCCUCGGAGAUCUUCCCCACGCCCAUCAGGACCUCCGGCUACGGCAUCACCAUCGUCUUCGGGAUGCUGGCCAUGGUCGUGUCUCCCUACAUCCUGCAUUCAACCUUCGGACCGGCCUUCCAGUACUGGGUGAUGGUGGUGUUGUCGUUGGUGUCGUUGCUGGCAUCCAUAUUCUUGCCAGAGACCUUGGGCUUGCCGCUACCCCAGACCUUCCAAGAGGCGGAGGACCUGGGCGCUGGACGGCCCUUCACCGCCUGGGUUCACCACUGGAACCAACACAAGUACCCGCCACACGCGUCCUCGCGCCCCAACGCCUGCUGCCCGGAGGAGCUCGACGAAUUGACAACGAAGAAAUUAUAGAUAUUUGUGACCCGUAAUCACACAUAAUCACGCUUAACCAAAUGGGGGAUGUGAUAGGCCUGUUAAGAAAGGCUUACACUCAAAUCAGAGAUGCGAUAGUCUUUUUUUUUUUUUAGACGUGAUUGUAUUAAAAGGGGGGGAACUGAAGAAAGCCUAUUGGCCUAUACGAGGCAGCUCCUAUUUACAUCCAACUAAACUAAUUCACACAUGUCUAACC